AUGAGACCGUAAACAAGAAAUGAGACCGUAGCGUCAGUCGCUGUCUAGAAUUCAGCUGCGUAUAGACCAGCAAGCAUGUCCACGGCAAAAUUUACACGGGCCAUCGUGCGCCAGAUUCCCCACUCCAUUCGGGAACAUUCUGAAAGCUACGAGGAUCGUGAAGACAUUGGCCUUUUUAAACAUGAGCUCAUCGACGUUGAGAAAGCACGUCAGGAGCACGCAGUGUAUGCGCAGACCCUAAGGGAGCUUGGACUGGAUGUUAUCGUGAUGCCAGCAGACGAGUCCCUACCCGACUGUCCCUUCGUGGAGGACAUCUGUGUGAUAGUCGGAAAAAGGGCAUUGCUGACCCGACCGCUGACUGAAAACCGGCGACUGGAGGCCGAUGCCGUGGAGAAGGUCUUGGUUGACCUUGGCUUGGAGGUACACAAGAUUGACGAUGAUGAAGCCAUAUUAGAAGGUGGUAACCUUUUCUUCACUGGACAAGAGUUCUUUGUGGGCUUGUCAAGGUGCUCCAAUCUUAGGGGUGCGGAGAUCCUGUCAAGUACCUUUCCGGAGUAUCCCGUGCACACCAUUCCACUGGAACCCCCUGAAUGUCAUCUGAAGGGAGUGGCGUGCAUGGCAGCACCUGGAGUCAUCGCCGUAGCUGAGAGCAAGUGGGGGAUUCCCGCCUGGAAGGCUAUCCGGGAAAAGGCAAAGUUCCCUUAUGAGCCCCUCUGGGUACCAGACGCUGAACUCUACGAGUCUACCUGUGACGUCAUAUACUUCAACGGAAACCUCCUCCACUGCACCUCGGGAAGAAAGGAGGAGACUGUGAAGGCGGGCGAACCUCGGUGGUUCUGCCUGGGCGCCAUCUUGCUGCCCAUGGUAGUGUCGUCCACCAUACAGCUUCAUCACACCGUGGAACUCGGAAAUAUUUGA